AUCAUCCGAAAACACUUUAACAUACACAGAGAGAGUUGUUAAAAAAAUAACAUAUACAGAGAGAGAUGGCGACUACCACAGUAGAGACAACGAAGACAUCUACCGGUGGAGAAGACAAGCAAUCUCAGAAUCUCCGACACCAAGAAGUCGGUCACAAGAGUCUCUUACAGAGCGACGAACUCUACCAGUAUAUUCUGGAGACAAGUGUGUAUCCAAGAGAACCAGAAUCAAUGAAGGAACUCAGGGAAGUCACAGCAAAACACCCUUGGAACAUAAUGACAACAUCGGCAGAUGAAGGUCAGUUUCUCAACAUGCUCAUCAAGCUCGUUAAUGCCAAGAACACUAUGGAGAUCGGCGUUUACACUGGCUACUCUCUCCUCGCCACCGCUCUUGCUCUCCCUGAAGACGGCAAAAUUCUGGCUAUGGAUGUUAACAGAGAGAACUACGAGUUGGGUCUACCGAUCAUCGAGGAAGCUGGCGUUGCUCACAAGAUCGACUUCAGGGAAGGCCCUGCUCUUCCUGUUCUUGAUGAACUCGUUGCUGACGAGAAGAACCAUGGAACAUAUGACUUUAUAUUCGUCGAUGCUGACAAAGACAACUACAUCAACUACCAUAAACGUUUGAUUGAUCUUGUGAAAGUUGGAGGAGUGAUCGGCUACGACAACACUCUUUGGAACGGCUCCGUUGUGGCCCCUCCUGAUGCACCGAUGAGGAAGUACGUUCGUUACUACCGAGACUUUGUUCUUGAGCUUAACAAGGCUCUCGCUGCUGACCCUAGGAUCGAGAUUUGCAUGCUUCCCGUUGGUGAUGGGAUCACUAUCUGUCGUCGGAUCAAUUGAUUGAUAUCACACUUUUGAGUGUGGGUGGAUUAACUUUCCUCCCUCUGUUUUUCAAAUUGCUCUUAUCACCACCAUUCACCAACCAACCAAAAUGGACCGCUUUUAUGUAUUUUGUUUAGUAUCUCCCCAUUGUUCAUUUGUGUUUUGCUUUCUUUGUGAACAGAUAAAUAAUGUUGUCAACCUUAUAUGAUAAAACAUCUAAAACAAAAUAUCACUCAUUAAGUUUUCUAGAGAAA